GCAGCGCAGCCGCGGCCUCGCGCCGAACAAAGCGGUCGAUACGCGCCACGCACCGCCACCCACCGUUGUGGAGCUCAGUUCGUCUCGCUGUAGCGGCCCCCGCGCAGAUUCCUUGCCGUGAUCCGACAAAAUUAGAAAAGUCCGAGAACCGCGGAGAGGAGCUGCGGCUUUUGUGCUUCCUUGUCGAAGAGUUCGGCCUCGGAAGCCCAUUGUGUGCGCCAAGUGGAGGCGCUGCCACAAUACCCCUCCGGCACGCCUGAGCAGCCACUUGAUGCCGGUGGGGAGGUCAUCGCGAAGCUGAGGUAGCAUGGCAGAGUCCCGCGCCGCAGGCGGCAGCCUCAAGCCGUGGCUGCGCCACGCCCUGCCGACGACGCUGGCGCUGCUGGCGGCAUGGCGCUGGUCGCAGGCCCCGGAGGAGUCCCUGGGCGGUCCACUGGUGCGCGUGGAGCAGGGCUUGCUGCAGGGCGCGCACCGCCUCACGCUGCACGACGCCAUCCCCUACUUCAGCUUCCAGGGCAUCCCGUACGCCCGGCCGCCCGUCCACGACCUGCGCUUCAAGGUUGGUGUACGAAAUUUGCGUAUUAUUUUCGUACGAAAAACUGCACAUUUUUCGCCAUUUUUGUCCAAAAUUGUACAAAAUUUUGGACAAAUUUGUACGAAAAGUUUUUGUGCACAAAAACAGUGAUGUCUCUUUCAACAUUUGUACAAAAACAUUUGGUGUGAAACAAUAAAUCCAGCACGAUGGUUGUUUGAAUCGGAACAUGGUUUUGUGACCCUUCUUAAAUAGAAGCUACACACUGUUAGAAAUUCUGUCGUAAAUAAGUGACAAAAAAGUCGCUAAUUUUGAUAGCGACGGAAAUCGUUCCUAAACUAC